AUAACCCAGCAUUGCAAACACUAUAAAUACAUCCAAUGGAAAUGCAAAUGUCCACCAUCAACUUUCCCCAUAACUCUAAAUCACCACCAAUUUUCUAAUCCCAAUUUAGAGAAAAAAUCAAGAAUGAAGUAAUGUUUCCUGGGGGUGCCUACAAGAAAAUGAGCUACACAGAAGAAGAUCGGGAAGUGUCCUACUGCAAUGACACCUUCUGUCACAGCAACGGCUCCUCAAGCAUGCAAAUGGUGAGGCCGGCUAGCCACAGCCACCACCAUCAUGUCCCCGAGAAACACCACGGCGGCCACCACCUUUUCGGUGGAAACCACCACGAAAGCCACGGGCUACGCCACCAUGGUAAUGGUGGCCAUGUGAAUGAGGCUGUGGAAGAGAAAGUUAAGAUCUUUAGUGAGCAGAAGGUGUUGAGUGGAGGAGGGCAUAGGGAGGGAUAUGGAAGUGAGACUCACUUUGCAUCUCACGCUGUUAGGGAACCCUACUAUUAUAGGAAUACUGAAACCUUGAAGUAUUCGGGCACUCCAAACGGGCGCACCCAUCACUUUGAGUUUAAGGGUUUGGAUGAUUGAAGACUCAAUUAUAACGAGUGGCCAUUUCUGCAUUCAUGUUGUAAAAUAAAUUUGUGCUAAAAUAAAGAAUAAUUAUGGUUGUGAAAUAUAAGCUUAGAAUAAGAAUGAUUAUGGUUGUGCUAAAAUAAGCUAAGAGUUUCAUGUACUUCGUAUUUCCUUGCCCUCUAAACUUCUGUCCAUCUAGCCUGAAUAAUUGUGAAAUAUAUUUGAUUACAAAAAAAAUUGUAUAUGUAAGAAAUGUUUAUUCUAUAUACUUCAUACUCUGCAUGAGUUAAGCUAUUCAUCUUUUUAUACAUAUGACCUUAAUCUUUCUUUUCUGAAUUCAUACUUCACCGUUCGUUUUUAGUUGUAUUAGAACUUUACGUUGUGAAUUUUAUACUAUUCACAUACUUUAUUUUAACUAUAUUUUAUUUAUUAAUGUAUUACUAAAUAUAAUUCACAUAUUUGAAAAAUAUUGUUAAUUUUCUCUCAUUUUAAAUUGGAA